AAGCAUAGACUUCACAACUAGUUGACGGGAAAUCUCUUCAGUCUUGGCGCGCUGGCUUCGCGUAAGGGGCCGAUUGUUAUGGCGACUUUCACUGCGACAACUCAAACACACUCUGCGUUCUUACUCCGAAUUUAAGUGGAAACAGGACGAAAUCUUCAAGUUUUAGUGCAUACAAGCAGGCAGAAGUGUCUCUAGAGUGAUUUGGUCGAGGAUUCAAGGUAACUUAUAUAAAAUAGCACCAUGCGUGCACUUUGAAAACGUUGUGUAAAAAAUGGCAAAUUUGCGUAACUUUAGGUUGAAAUCUUUACGUAAAAUGAAUGAUAACUGUAGGAUAGUGAGGUCCACAGUUUUACGUAUUAGGAAACAAGAAAUGUACGUUUAGUUAGUGCCUACAUGGCAACUCAGCUCAGUUCCCGCGUCGCCUAACUCGCCUUAGGCACGCAGUCAGCUGGGCACUUCCCCUCUGUAAAGGAUUAUCGCUGUUCUGCCUCUGUUUACUCUCCAAGUAAAGGACCUACAGUUAUUAAUCGUCUCUGUACCCUUCCCCACAACUGCAAGGAUCCAGAGGACGAUACAAGAAGACACAGAAGGCAGUGGAUCGAGUGGAAGUUCCUCCAGGAGAUUGGCGAGAUUUGCAAGGUUUGGGCCGGCAAGGAGAAGAAGAAGAGGGGGACAAAGAUCGGCAGGCUGCCGACACCCACCGCCUCGGCUCUGCACAUCACGUGCAAUGCCCUGCCCGCCUCCUGCAGGGACAUCAUCCUCCGCAAGAUCCCCGGGGUCGAGUAUGUGUGCAUGGGGAAGGCCAACUCUGACCCGACUGAGCACUCUUUCGGCAAGCGCCGCACCAUGUGCGGCGCCAACUACUGGACGAGCGUGCAGAACUUCAUGGUGAGCAACAGGUUGGCCCAGCGCCUGCAUUUGCUGAAGCUCGUCGGGUUCUUCCCCGGGGACGUGCAGGCCGACCUGGACCGGGCCAAGGCAGAGGAGAAGGAGGACGACGAGGUGAUCUUGGCCCAGCUUGCCAGGGAGCUGACCGACGACCAGCCGGACCCGCCGACGGACGAGUUGCUCCUCGCCGCGGUCGGCAACUACGCCGGCUACCUGGCCAGGAAGGUCCAGGCCAACUCCUCUGUGGCCGAGUGCUGCAAGCAGGAGCUUGCCCAGCAGGAGGAGAUGAAGAUUACCGUGGAGCUCGAGACGACCCGCCCUCUGUGAUGUUCGACGCCCUGGUCGAGCUGGUCGACAGGGGAGAGCUGGAGACGGGCCGGGCGGUCCUGAAGCGGCCAUCUCUCCCAAUGGCCCACAUGGCGUCCUUCGGGAUGUCGCUGUGGGACUCCCUGAUGUGCAGGGAGGACAAGAAGGAGCGCAGGUUGAGGUUCCUCUCCCUUGCCAUGCGCCACAGGGACGGGUUCAGGCACCUCCUGGAGUUCCUGGCGGCCUCAGACCCGACCUUGCAGGGGUACAGGUGCCAGGAGGGGCACAACCUGGCCAACACCAUCUUGCCGCACAUCAGCAGGUCCCUCUUCAACUGUUU